AUGAGCUUGGAGAAGUAUUUUUGUAAAGUUUCAAAAAUAAGUUCAACGUCUCAAAAUCAAUCCCAACAAAAUGAAGAUGGUGAUCAAAUAAAAAUACCAUCUCAGUCUUCUCAGAGACAAAAAUUUGAUGUAAAUGAUCUAAAGGCUGACCCCGCUGAAAAACCUCCAAUUUUGAGUUAUCCUCCGAACAUUCGUGAUGAGAUAAGAAGGGAAUACAUUCCAAAACAUCCUUGCCAGCCUCGAGAUCAUGAGUUUUCUCAAACAAACUUUCUAAAACUCCACUUGGAAUAUAGUGUAAGUGCAGAUGCAGCUUAUUGUUUGCCUUGUUAUUUAUUUCAAGGCGAAAGCAUUCAUCAAGGUGGUGGUAAUACAUUUUCGACAAAGGAAUUUAGAAAUUGGCACAGAAAAAAUAGCUUUGCAACACAUAUUGGUCCUCGAAAUAGCAUUCAUAAUCAAUCAAAAAGGAAGUGUGAAGAUCUUAUGAGGGAAGAACAAUCUAUUGAGGCUGCAUUUUACAAGUUGGACGAGAAAAGUAAGAAUGAAUAUCGAGUUCGGUUAAAUACUUCAAUCGAUGUGGUCCGAUUUCUUCUAAAUCAAGGUUUAGCACUUCGUGGUCAUGAUGAAAGUGAAUCAUCCUUGAACAAAGAUAUUGUGACUGCGUGUAAGAUUGAAACAAUCAAAACUAUAAUAAAAGAUUUAGAUGGUGACUUCUUUGCUUUGUUGGUUGAUGAAUCAAGAGACGUAUCACGCAAAGAACAAAUGGAUAUUUGUUUACGAUAUGUUGAUAAAAGGGGAUUUGUGAUAGAAGCAUUUAUUGGACUUGUUCAUGUUAAAGAUACUAGUGUUUUAUCUCUAAAGAAAGCAAUUGUGGAUGUACUUGCUCACCAUUCUUUAACUUUAGCUUAUGUAUGA